CGAUCGGCGAUCGGCUGAAGCUCCUGAGUCCUAUCCAUCGCCGCCGCCACAUCUCCCCGAACUCGGAUCGGAUCCACUUCCCAACCCGAAUCUGGGAACCUGCACCUCCCCACUUUCUCCUUUUCCUUUCUGUACCAACGCCCCUUGCCUUGAACUUUAUCAUUUAUUUAGCACACUCCACUUUGUACUUACAAAUCGAUUUGCCUUUCCACGUUUUCAGUGUCGUGAGAAUUCGCAGUUUGCUCUCUGUUCAAUUUUGCUUCAGCUGGGAUCCCAAGUACAUGUGCCGAUCUAGGUCUUCAAUCCCCAUUUCCUGCCCCAUCUCUGGUGAAGUUAGGUGCUCUGUGUUCUUUUUUGAAAUGGCAAAUUUGUAAUAAUCUGUCAUUUUCAGGGUAGUCUCUCUCGCGCCUCAUUCCCUGAUCUCCGUCGCCGCAAUCUUUCUGGGCACAGGGCAGAUCUCUCUCGCCUCGCGCCUCCCUCACACACUCACUGCUCGUGGGUCCUGGGCGUCGCCGUUCUCUUACUAUUCUCAGGUGCUUGGCGCUCUCACUCACUCUCGGCUUUGUCUUCUUCGUCUUUGGUGAGACAGAGUCCAGAUGCGACGAUGGAAGCCUUGUGACGGAUCAUUAUGCUGGGCUGGUCAUAGCUUUUGCUAAAAGAGUGGAAUUCUGAAGAGCCCCAGGUUCCUACAUGGAAGCAAGCAAAGAGGAGGCGCUUAAAGCAAUAGAGGUUGCCGAGAAGCGAUUUGCUCAGAGAGACUUUGCAGGUGCCAAAAGCUAUGCAUUAAAGGCAAAAACAAUGUGUCCUGAAUUGGAGGGAAUACCUCAAAUGGUGGCUACAUUUCAAGUUUAUGUAGCUUCUGAGGCAAAAUAUAAUGGCGAAGUAGAUUAUUAUUCAAUUCUUGGAAUAAAACCUUCAGCAGAUAAAGAGACCGUUAGGAAACAGUAUAGGAAGCUGGCUGUGUUGCUUCACCCGGAUAAGAACAAAUGUGUGGGAGCUGACGGGGCCUUUAAGCUGGUAUCCGAAGCUUGGACUUGGCUAUCAGAUGGUGCCAUGCGAAGUUCUUAUGAUCGCAAGAGAAAUACACAAACGGCUGCUGGGGUCAAUCAGACGAAUUUGUCAUCAGUCCAUUCUGCAGGAACUACAGGUUAUAACAAGUGUUUCAAUUUACCAACUUCUCAUGGUCGGCAUGAUACUUUCUGGACCAUUUGCACUUCAUGUAAUGUCCAGUAUGAGUACUUGCGUAAGUAUGUUAAUAAGAGACUUUCAUGUAAAAACUGUCGGGGAACUUUUGUUGCUGUUGAAACCGGGGCAGCCCCAGCAAAUGGUUCUUUCCCUUAUACUCCUUGGUCAUAUGUGCCGGGCAAUGGGUAUGGAGGUCAUUCAUUUGAUAAUGUCACCUAUGUGCCUACCAGUACUACCUAUUUCAAUGGCAAUGGUAUCACUGGAUAUCAUUCUCCACAUGGAUAUGAGUAUGUUUCAAAUGUUUCAUUUCAGUGGAGUCCUGGUGGACAUGUCAAUGGAAAUGGUUCGACUCCCCUAUCUUCUGAUUCUGUUUGUAAGGUCAAUGGAAAUAGGAAGAGAGGAAGACCAAGAAUCAAACCACCAGUUGAUCAGAGGCAUCAAUUAGCAGAGACUGUGCACAAUGUAAAUUCAGAUGUAUCAUUCCACUGUAACGAACCUCAGGAAAUUAAGCCCACUAGACCUGACAAAAAAAGGAAAAUUGUUGUUGCAGCCAGUUUCCGAAAUGCCUGUGAACAAAAGGAAUUGAAAUCGGCUUCUGAAUCAAGAUUAGCUGAUGGGAAUGAAAGCAUUGUACAUGACCAGAAAGUUUCCUGUGCAAAUGAAGUCCAAACUAAGCAGUAUUCCGUGGCACCAGCAUUUGAUGCGAGAAAAUUACUGAUUGAGAAGGCCAAGGCGGAUAUUCAGAAGAAACUGGAGGAGAUGAAACUGGCAUCUGAUGCUGCCGCUGUUGGGGAGAAAGCAAAAUCUCUAGCAGAAGCUGGUCAAGUCAAUAGAGAGGAAUAUAAAAGAGCAUGUCUAAGUGUUUCUGACCAUCAAUUAGAGCAUAGGAAAACUGCUUCCGUCACAAUCACUGUCCCGGAUUCUGACUUUCAUGACUUUGAUAAAGACAGGUCAGAGCAGUGCUUUAGGCCAAAGCAAAUAUGGGCUUUAUAUGAUGAGGAAGAUGGCAUGCCUCGUUUAUAUUGUCUAAUCCGUGAGGUCAUCUCUGUGAAUCCAUUUAAGAUUCAUAUUAGUUAUUUGAACUCAAAGACUGAUAGUGAGUUUGGCCCAGUGAACUGGAUGGAUUCUGGUUUUACGAAAUCUUGUGGAAAUUUCAGGGCAUUCAAUUCUGAUGUUGUUGACCAGGUAAAUGUUUUCUCUCAUCUUCUAGCACGGGAGAAGGCUGGUCGAGGUGGUUGUAUUCGGAUUUAUCCGAGAUGUGGAGAUAUUUGGGCUGUUUAUCGAAACUGGUCUCCCGACUGGAAUAGAGCGACUCCAGAUGAAGUGAGGCAUCAGUAUGAAAUGGUGGAGGUUCUUGAUGAUUACUCUGAGGAGCUUGGUGUUUGUGUUAGUCCCCUUAUAAAGCUGGAUGGAUUUAAAACAGUGUAUCAAACAAAUUCUGACAAAAAGGCAAUUAGAUGGAUACCGAGAAGAGAAAUGCUACGCUUUUCACACCAAGUGCCUUCUUGGUUGCUGAAGGGAGAGACAAGCAACUUGCCAGAAAGGUGUUGGGACCUUGAUCCAGCUGCAACUCCUGAUGAACUUCUUCAUGCUGCUACAAUCGCGAAUGCUUCAUAGGCAACAAUGAAACACUUGUUUGGUUUCUAAUUUAGAAUUUUUCGACACUAUUCUAGAUUUAACUGUACACUAUGCCACGCUUGGCUAGAGAACAUGAGAAUUAACCACUUAUGUCUUUUUAUUUGGGGGUGGAAUUCUACUUUUUCGAUGUGUAUAGGUUCCCAAAUCUAGGAUUUCUUGUUCACUAAGGUUUGUUUCUUGCCCCCAUAGGAGCCAUGUAACUCUUGUAAGAAUUCAGGACAGAUUGGAUCUGCCUGACAGUAGCUGUAGUUCUGGCCAGGAUUGACUGGCAAAGAAUUAAAACUUUAAAGGCUGCAAGCCUUGCUAAAAUCCUAGUUGCAAUUCA